AUGGGAGCGGAGCGUAGUAGUUUAGUUAAAGUCAAAAAAGGUGUUGAAUAUUUAAAGACAACAAAUGAAGUUCAUGAUUGUCUAUUUUGUCGAAUUGUACAUGGAGAAUCAGAAAUCAAUCAAUUAUGGUAUGCAGAUGAUUUAUGUGCUCUAUUUGUUCCUCGAUCUCCUGCUGCUCGAUUACAUUUUUUAAUUACACCAUUGGAACAUAUUCGUACUAUAAAUGAAUUAACUAAAGAUCAUUUACCAUUAUUAGAACAUAUACGUGAAGUUGCUUUGGAACAAUUGCGUGUACAUUCUGAACUUGCCUCAUCAAAAUUACAACCAUUAGCACAUCCACCGACCUAUAAAUUUAAUCGUGGUAAAUUGAAUAAUGACACUGAAAAUACUAUGAAAGAAACCACAUCUAAUAACGAUCAUAAUUUUAUAUUCUGUUUUCAUGCUCCACCUUAUAAUAGUAUUGAUCAUCUUCAUUUACAUGCAAUAUACAAACCAUUUGUUAACUUGUGGAGUAGUAUACAAUACUCAAAUAAUAAAUCAUGGUGUAAAUCACUCGAACAUGUCAUACGCGAUUUAAAAAAAUGA